UUAAAAUAAAUUAGAGCAAGAUUUCUCUUUCUCUCCAUCGCUGCAGUGAGGAUGGGGAACUGCUGCUCUGACGACCACGGUGGUCAAUCGGCGGUGGGAGGCACUGUUGCUUCUCUCCAAAAUCUUGCCGGCGGUUCCAACGAUAUCGUUGAUCACUUCUUGAAGUCUCGGGGAUACCAUGUCCUCUUCACUCAGAUCGAGUUAUCACUAUCUGCAACAAAUUUACGAGAUCGGGAUGUGCUCUCCAAGAGUGACCCCAUGGCAGUUCUUUAUGUAAAAGGAAGAGAUGGAACACUUGACGAGAUUGGCCGUACUGAAGUAGUAUUAAAUUCAUUAAAUCCUUUGUGGAUUACAAAACAUACUAUUGCUUAUCAUUUUGAGGUUGUGCAGAGUUUAGUGUUCCGUGUGUAUGAUGUUGACACAGUUUAACAAUGUACCAGUAAAGGUAUCCUCAUUUUAUGCUGAUAUUUUAUUCAUG